CCAAGCCGUAAGGGAGGGAGGCAGCCCCGGUCUUCUCCCACUGCCGGAGAUGUCCGGCGGGAGUAGCCGGAGGAGAACCGGCUCCUCAUGGCACAGCAGCUUCUCCCGACUUUUCAGCAGGAGCCCCUCCAAGGAACAGGAGGAAGGGGCCAAAGCAGCCUCUCAGCGAGAGUGCGGACACAGCUCUGAAACUAAGAAAAAUGAAACUUCAAGUGUUGUAUAUCAGAGAAAGGAAAGCAACCCUCUUCCGGAGUUAUUAAAGAUUUCAGUCUGUGAAAAUAAAAACCUCUCUACUGAAGAGCUGAACAGGUCCACCACUCAAGAGGAAUUAAAGAAAGCUAGUAGCCUUCCUAGUUUGGCUCAUGAAAGCAAAACUGUUAAUACUGACAGGCAGUCCAAAGAAGGGUUUUUCCAGUAUCUUGGGAAUUUAUUUGGUAUUGCUUCAAAAUCGUCCUACACGGAAACUGAGCGAUCCACCCUUGGAGAUAAACAGAACAAAACUGGAAAAGACUUUUCAUGUCUAGCUAACCAUCAGGAAAGUGGACAUACGGAGCACCGCCAACCAGAAAUAUUUGUCAUUUCAACUUCUGGAACUGAGCAGAGAGUGUCAAACAAAAAUGAAGACAUUAACUUUGUUAAAAAUACCAGUUCUGGCUCACAGGAUUUACAGAAAGCACAGGAGCAAUCUGAUGAAGCAUCCAAAAAAUCACAAUGUGAGCUGGGUGCACCCGCAGUUACUUAUGCAACCUAUCGAGGCUCUGCUAGAAUUAAGCAGUUGCUUAAGAAACAAGCAGAAUUGGAGCAAGAAGAAACCCCCACCAGCAUUAAUAGUUCUACUGAAAAAACCAAAGAAAAUCCGACCAUAAAUCUUUCAAACUUAGAAACUACCACAACAAAAACAAAAUCCUCAUUAAAGAAUUCAAAUCAUGACACUAAAGAUGAUAAAAAGGAUUCACAAGCAAACAUAUUUUUGGAAGAAAUGGACUUGGGGAAAAAUACCCAGGCUGCCUUGGAUAGUAGUGAACCCAAAGACCUGACAUUGUUGACAGAAAUGGAAACUAUCAAAAAUUGCAUUGAAGAACUAGUUUCUGUGAAAUGUGCAUCAGUUUCCAGCACACCAGAACUUAGUAGGAACCUUUUGUUGGAGCCAGUAUUGUUGCCAAAGGAAGCCAGUCCUAGUUGCCAGAAUAUAGAUCCUGUUAAAAUGUGUUCAGAAAAUAGCAGUUUGGUUGAAAAGAGAGAGGAGGUGUUAGGAGAAACACAAAUCCAGCUUCAGUCAAACAAUGCUACUAUUGUUGGUGUUCAGAAAGGAAUUCAUUCUUGUACUUUUUCUUACACAGAAACAAAAGAUACAAUUGAACAUGACUUUUCAUCUCAUUCCAAAGUGGACUCAACUGACAGUGAGAAACAAUUGCUAGAUGAUAAAUGUUCAUGUAAUAGUUGGACUGAGGAUCAGCUCAAAUUAAAAUCGGCUAACCAAACCUUGUACUUGACUAGGACAAUUAGUACUGGGGAGGCAGUUAACAGGGUACUAAAUAGAAAUAAAGACUCACACACAAAUGUGGCAACUGAACAGAAGGAACAAAGCCUGCAAAUUGUUUCACCAAAUGCACACUUGCCUCUCCGUGAACAAAGAGAUAGAGAAGAAUUAGUGUUAAUUUUGCAGGAUGUAGACUGCAACAAGACUGAUAAAGUGACUGCAGUAAUUGAUCUACCUACUGCAGUCCAACCCUCGGAAACUGUUAAAGAGGUAGACAUACUUAGCAAGAAUGGUCCAGAGAGUGAAGAAGCCACAGAGUCAGUGAUACUUAAAGGUAUACAAAACAGUCCUAAUGUCUCCAUGACUUCUGAGACUGAAACUAGUACUUUUGCCACACAUAUGCCUGCUGUGCAAUUUGACCAUAAUGCUAUUGAAGUAAGCAAUACCAACACUACUCUGUUAGCUGUUGAAUAUGAAAAUGUGGAGUCCCAUGUGCCAUGUACUUCCUUAGAAAUGGAAGAUGUCAGCAUUGCCAAAGCUGUGGCACCUGUGGAUGAUGCCCCGCAAAGCCUUGAGGCUAAACAUGACAGCUGCCAUCAUUUUGCCAAGGAAGGUGAGAAUGAAACUCUGAUCAAAACAUCAAACAAUUUAGAUGUUUCCCUUCCUCCCCUUGAAGGCAAAAUCAAGCCCCUUGAAAUGGAAAAAACAAGGCUUAUAAACAACACAGGAUCUGCUACCAUGGUCAAACCUAUUCCCCCACCUCUUACACCGACAGAAGUUGUUACAAUUAAGAACCUAGUUUUAUCUGCAAGACAAAAUGAUCCAUUGGUUUAUGAAAUGAAAAAUCAUUCUGAAGCUAAGAUAGCUGCGCCUGCUAGUGAAACUAAAGAUGUCUUCACAGUGUCUCCUUCUAAAGAUGUGUGCUUGCCAAAGGGCUCUCCAAUUGUUGUAGAAUCAGAAAAGAAAAGUUCUUCACCACUUCUUUUUUCUCCUUCACUACCUGCCUUGAUAAGUAAUUCUUUCAUCAUUGAAGAUAGUCCCCAAAUGGAAGAUGCUAUGUCUAAACCUGUGCCUAAUUCUGAAGAUCAGUGUUUGUUGGAAGCUUCAUGUUCUUCGACUGAUAAACAGGAAAGUUCUAACCAAUCUGUGAGAACUCCAGCUGUAGUUAGUUCUGCAGAGGCUACCUAUGACAACAUGUGUUGUGAUAACAUCCAAGUUAUCACAAAGUCAGGGGGACCUUGGAGCCCUCAUUUUGCUGCUGAAACUGAGGAUUCAGAUAAAAUUUCUGAUGCCUUUCUGGAAUCCAGAAACAUGCUUAAAACUAAGAUUAGCUCUGAUGCUACUGAAAUAGCUGAUACUAGAAGAAAGUUUUUGCCAUGUUCUGAAGAAAUGAAAGAUAGGACUGGAUCUUGUUCAUUAGACCCAAGAUCCAUGCUGGCAAAAGAGAACCUUCCUGUUCCUGAAAAUUUGUACACUUGCAAGCCUGCUUCUCCUCCUUUCUUGAAAGACAUCUCAAAACUUUGUUCUCCAGACUAUGAAACAAUAGAUGUUAAUCUUGUUGAAGAAAACAAUUCCAUUCCUAUUAAUUCUGAAGAUGAUGUGGGCAAAGUGUCAUCUAAUCAUAAAUUAAAUUGUCUACCAUCUAAGUCAACAUCUGAAGCCGCUUACUCAGACCCAUUAGUGGCCUCAAUUGCCUAUGAUGUGGAAGCUAUAGAACCUGUGAAGAUGAUGUUAGGAAUGCCUUUCACUACACAGCAGAGCGAAGAGGUGCACAGAACUCCUUCACAGCAAUUAAAUCUUCACUAUCUUGCUGCUGCUACUGUAAAAAACCCUGCUGAAGAGGAUGAUCAAGCAAUUACUGCCUUGUUUACAACAUCUAGCAGCCCAUUUUUUGAGGAACCAUUGAAAGAUGUUGAAACAGGAAAACAAGUACAAAUUAAAUCCCAAGACUUAACUGUUUUGUUUAAAAAGGCUGAUGAAAUAGUUGAUGCAAUUCUGCAUUUAGCCAUAGAAGAAAUAAGAUCAAAGCAAGCAUCUGGUGUCUGCCAGACUAAUGACAUUAAGGACAAUUUAUUAGGGACCAGCCUUCAAAAAGAUCAGAAAACUAGAAAAAUGCUGUCAGAAUCAAAAGAAAUCCAGUCAUGGAACUCAUCAUUAAAACAUUUUAAUGAGAGCUGUAUCAGAAAGAUUUCUGGAGGUAAAGGGAAAGACACACUUGGCACAGAUAUUCAAGAUGAAAAGAUACCAUUUGACAUUACUGAUAAAAUUGACCUACAUAGUUCAAUAGCAUUAAAAGCAAAAGAAAUAAUUGAUGAUGUUAUUAAUGCAGCCAAACAAAAACUGACGUAUAAUCAGCACGAGGACCAUCUGAGCAAGGUUACUUCCCAGAAUAUAAACCUUGGUUCUAAAGCUGAAGCAUUAGAGAGACCUACCACUGAAACUGAAUUCAGAGCUAAGCUUCCCAAAAUAAUUGAAAAACCCUUGAAUUUAGGUCCAGCUGCAAUACAGAAGAUAAUCAGUGAAGGUGAAGUAGCAAACUCCUCAGCACCUUUGUAUAUUAAUUCUAAAGAAGUCAUCAAGGAGGAUAUGGCUGGAGAAAUUGUAGCAAAUAAUGCAUUUUCAUGCCAAAAAAAUGGAGAUGAAUGGUCUGAUCCCACAGCUAACCUAGAAUCCAGUCCAGCAGAAAUAACUAAUGGCAAAAACAAUAAAGGUGUUAAUAGCACUACAAAUGUGACAAGUGCUGGUGACAACACUAGUAACUUGUCACCUGAUAAUAAGUCUGAGAGUGCCUUAAAUGCAACAAAUGAAGAGACUGAAGAGCAGUCCUCAUCAUGUCCAUUUGUGCCACUAAAUGUACUAACCUUUAACUCAGAUGAUGAUACAUAUACCUGCAUUUCUAGCAGAUUCAAAGGUGAAUGUGGAUUCUUGGGUUCACUUGAAAGUAAUCUAGGGAAAGAUUUGUCUAAAUAUAUUUUUAAAGAAGAUGAGGCUGCUGCAGUUGUAGGAGAGGAGCCACUUAAACAAUAUUAUGAAAUAGACAGUAACACGGGCUACGGAAAUAUGAAGAAAGCUUGCACAGUGCCAGAAGAUAAAAACAGAUCUGGAACCCAGUUCAGUUCUGAAUCGUCUGUCAUGGGUAGCUCAGCAAAGAUUAGUUUGAAUUUGGAUUUUGCCUAUGAGGAAAAAGCAAGGAUUGAGCCUGGUUUUACUACGCCCAAAGAAUAUGUGGAUGCUGCUGCCGAUGGAGAUGGAGCUUUUUCUCCAUCAGAGGAGUGGGAAGGCAAUUCUUCCUUCACUAUUUUGUAUGAAGGUUCUCUUCAAGAUGAAAGCUAUUAUUUUUCAACAGAAGAACCAGAGCAUCCCUUAACCCUUUCUGACUUCUCCCUGGAUAAUAACCGGCAUCUUUUGAUGUCUGCAACAGCACAAGGCAAAUGUGAGUCUGCACACCUGUAUGAAGAAGGUGACCAAUUCAAUAAGAUGCUAGACAACACUUGUUCAGAAUCAUUCUUGACAGUAGAGGCAAAGCGAUACAGGGUUUAUCCUUUCUCUUUGUCUCCUAUAUAUGAAGAUGACAGUUCUCAAGAGGACUUGCUAUCCACUGAUAUCUCACCCAGAAAUCCUAGGGAAAAAUCAAGAGACAGCCAAUCCUUAUCUGUCUUAUCGCUUCUGCAGUCAGUGUCUGAACGGCUACAAUCUAGUAACCAGUACAAUGAAGAUGAAGAAGAGGAGCUUUGUGAAGAAAACGAACAGGAUGAAAAAGAAGCCGAUGUAUUCAGCCACUGGCCAAGCAACUCAAAAACUGCCAAGCCAGAGAACAUUUAUGAGAGGAAUUUGUCUUCUAGACACUCAAAUUUUCUUUCUAAGGAAGCGCUUAGCACAGAUGAGGCCUUAUCUUUUAGUUCAGCAUAUUCAGCUCAGCUUUUACAAAAAUCUGAUCCAAUCAUGAAGUCUUUUUCCAAGAGUGUAUAUCAUGAAUCUUUGCAGAGUUCAAGAAGUUAUUCAGGUGAGAAGGGAACCAGAUUUGGAAGCAUCUUGUUGCCAAAGGAUCAGCAGCCAGAAAGUAAUGAUAUGCAAAAACUGGCAACAUUUCAAGUGUGUCCUGUUGACAGGGAAACACUCAAAUGCAAUCCAAGACCGGGAAAAAUGGUUAUUUGUGAUGUUCAAGGUAACACAAAUAAACAUGAAAUUUAUCAUGAUGUGGUGGAUGCUUCAGCCUGGGUGUUUUCAAAAGAAGCAUUGAUCAGAGUUGUAAGAGGAUGCUGGCUUCUAUAUGAGAAACCAGGAUUCCAAGGUCAGACAUAUGUUGUAGAAGAAGGAGAGAAGAUGCUGAAUGAUAUCUUGAACCCUCACAGUGAGAAACAUCAAGGAAACCUCACAGUUGGUUCAAUAAGGCAAAUAGUGAAGCAUUGCAGCAUUCCUGAAAUUGAACUUUACCCACAAGGUGGCCCAGAUAAUUUUCCUAUCUGCAUUCAGAGCGCAAUUGCUGAUGUGGAAGAACUAGAAGUCAAAAAUCUUACCCUUUCUGUGAAAGCAGGAGUAUGGCUUGCCUAUUCGGAUGUUAAUUAUAAAGGAGAAGUAAUAAUUCUGGAAGAAAAUCACAACCCAUGUGAAAUUUCAGCAGCUGAUGUAAAAUCUCUUUAUCCAUUGAAAAUGGGUAGCCUAAAGGUGCAGAUGCCUAUGAAUAUUAAGGUACUGAUAUAUGAGAGACCACACUUUGGAGGAUGGUGUAAAGAGCUUUCUGAAAAUAAUGAUUGCAUUCCAAUGCUCUUUGAAAAUGCUGGUGAUUUCCAGGGAAUUCGAUCGAUACGUGUCAUUGGUGGAAUAUGGGUUGGUUACGAAAAGGAACGCUAUAUAGGUCAGCAGUAUCUGCUUGAGGAAGGAGAAUAUGAAGACUGGCAGUCGUGGGGUGGGGUGAGCAGCGUCCUGCUGUCUCUUCGGUUUUUGCAAGCUGAUUUUAUGGAAUCUGAAAUAACACUUUUUGAAACUGAUGAGGAAAACGGAAAGUUGUUGAACAUUGUCAAUCAAGAAAUUCCUGAUUUGGAACAGGCUGGGUUUGGCCUAGUAACACGAUCAAUUAACGUGAAGAGUGGAGCGUGGGUUGUCUAUCAGCAGAAGUACUUCUGUGGAGAGCAAUAUAUAUUGGAGAAAGGAAAAUAUAAAUGUUUUUUUGACUGGGGAGGACCUAAUGAAAUUAUCAUGUCAAUCCGUCCUAUUAAGUUGGAGCCACUAGGAAAUCAUGAACCCAUACACUGGAUUAAAGCUUUUAGUAACACACAUUUCCAGGGAUCAUGUGUAGAAUUUACAACAGAAAUUGCUGACUUUGCAUCAUUCACACCUUGUUCUUUUAAAGUUCUACGGGGAUGCUGGUUGCUACAUUACAAGGAGAAAACUGAUGACGAUCAUUGUGUACUGGAAGAAGAUCUCUACCCUGACCUUGCUUCCUGUGGCUGUCCAGCAGAAGCAGUCAAGUCCCUUAAGCCUGUUGAAUAUGUUUUUGCGGAGCCUUUCAUCAGCCUUUUUGCUUUGGAGAAUUGUGAAGGCAGAGAGCUGCACUUCCAAGAAGCUGUCAGUUCAGUUCUGAAUAAGGAUCUUCACUUUCUUACGCAGUCUGUGUGGGUGAGGAGUGGACUAUGGAUUGCAUAUGAAGGAUGUAAUUUCUUAGGGAAGCAAGUUCUCCUCGAACCCAGCAAGAUUUCAAACUGGACUCAGUUUAGAGGCUGGAAAGCAAUUGGCUCCCUUCGUCCUGUAAAGCAGCCAGCAGUAUACUUCAGAAUAAAAAACAGAUCCCAAGAUAAAUACCUGACAGUUGCUGGGAAUCUAAUGGACGCAAGAGCUGCAUCAGUAUGCCUUUCCCCAUCAAAUGGCAAGAAUACUCAGAUUUGGAGCUACAAGUCUGGUCUCAUCAAGUCCAAGGUUAAUGAUGCUUGCCUUGAUGUUAUUGGAGGCAGAGAUGUACCUGGAGCCAAAGUAGCAUUGUGGGUAGAGCAUGGGAAGGCAAGACAGAAAUGGACCCGCAACAAAGAUGGGACUAUCAGCUCAUACCUCCGUGAUCAGCUUGUUCUUGAUGUCAAAGGAGGAUAUUAUUAUGAUAGGAACCACAUCAUUGUAAACCAACUUGAUACCAGUGAAUGCACUCAGAAAUGGGACUUUGAAAUAUUGUGAUAGUGUCUCACCACUACAAAGACAUUUAGAAACGUGGACCAACAUGGCUAAAACACUGUUGAACGAACUACUGAAGUCACAGAACACUGGUGCAUGUUAUAGAAUCCACCUAACUAUGCCAGCAGGAGAUUUAAAAAAUGUAAAAUGUUUUGAAUCUUUAAGCACACAAUCCUAUGCAUGUUUAGACAUGGCUGGCUGAGGAAUGCCUGAAAUUGUAGCACUUUUUCUGUCUAAACAUCCAUAGGAUUGUGUCCUAAAUAGGCUAUGGAAAGCUAGCUCUGCUGUCUAGUUUAUGCCUGUGAACAAAUGUAUGAAGGUAGGGAAUGGAGUAUACAGCACGAAGUUCUUUUAAGCAAUAACCAACACCAGAUGUUACAAUGGUGACUAUACAGACUUUCUCUACGUAUUAAUUUUGUGUUCCUGUUAAAAAAAAAACAACUAGUUCUUUAACCUUUUACCUCAUGACGUAAGAGCUAGUGAGGACAACUUGCAAAAGGUUGACCUGAAAUGUGUCUCCUAUUAUCUGCCAUUUUUAAGCUGAAGUAUUUUGACUAUUGCACUAUUUUGUCUUAUCCAAAUAUCUUCCUCUUUUAGAAAACUUAAAGUGUUUUUUGCCUCAGGUAAUUUUCGUAAUUGUACAUUGCGGUCACUAUACUUCUUGGGGUCUAUAUCUAAAGAAACUCGAAAUGGAGAUAAAACUAAAUGCUAUGAGAAUUUUAUGUUACAAAGGCAAAUCAUUUCAUGUUAAGCUUACAGUGAAUUCUCUACUCUCAAGAAUAUUCUACUCUUAAAAAACUGCAGGAGAAUUUAUGUAAAACUUGCAGUGACAGGUUUCAACUAUUUGCUAAAAUUAGAAAUGCUAGAGAACAUACCUCCACAGAGGUCUGACAUGGUGAAAUGUUUCUAAUUAACUUUUGUCUAGCAACUCUUUCUAUUGGUUAAAAGAAUGGAUUGAAUUAGUUAUCUCCACGAGAAAUGAACAAAUCUAUCUGAAUAUUUCACAAACCCAUACCGUAUUUACUUAAGAUGCAAUGAAUGACACACACACCCAAUUUAAAUUGCAAAUGUAUUGCAAGUUAUGUGUUGCUUUAGUGGUCUAAACACAAUGAGAAAGGGCCCAACAAGUUAGCGAGGGAAUUACUGACUGGAUCACCCACCCUUUAAUUUUUAUUUAAAAGUAGCCCGAAUGGGAUAGGAGCAGCAGUAGUGAUAUGUAUGUGUUUAAUUAAUUAUUCCUCUAGUGCUGUUUUUCCAAUGUAAGUGACAUUCAUGUAGGCAACACCACUAUUUGCUUCACAGCAUAUCUGGGGGGGGGGGGGGGGUGAGGGGGGGAGAGAUACAGUAAAUCAAGAAAACUGCAUGAGGGGAAAGGAUUAAAAACGCAGCCCCUGCAGGACUGCUGCUCCUAUCCAGUUCAGGGGGCCUCAACAGGUGUUUGUCAAUGAAAAAUAAGUUGGGAGAGAUCACAGAUUUCCCAUUUAAUAUGUAGUUUGGCCCUGAGUGAUCAUGGAGUGAUUCUCAUAUGAUAACUGGAGCUGUCAUUUGAGGGUAUAAAACUGUGAUUUAUAUUUAAUGAUGGAUCACUAUGAAAAAUCAUGAGGUGAAAGGUCUACUCGCUGUGGCCACGAUCCAGCCAAAGAUAGAUUUAAAUAUUGUUUAGCUCCCUAAGGCUCCUGGGAAUAAUCCCUAUUAAAUUCGAGAUUUCUGAGCAGAGAAAGAUAGGAUUGCACUGCUGGUGAUUAGCUUUGAGUGGAUUGUGCCAUGUAUUUAACAAAUGCUCCUCCCUAAGGAAGUUAUUAAAGUCAGAACACUAAAACAGUCAGAUAAACUUACCAUAUCUUAUCAUGUAGUUCAGCCACAAGCAAAUCAACAUGAGACAUACAUACAUGUUGAAUUGCUCUCUAAUUUCCUUGAGUUGUAUCAGCAGUAUCUGUACAGUUUUAUCCUAUGCAGUUUUUUAAAAAAAAAUAAAUAAAAAAUACAACCUUUAUAUAUGAGUUUUUAGAGGACUAUCGAAAAAUUGUUCAUACCUCCUAAUGUAAAGGCCUAAGAAAACACCAGUAGAAAUGAAAUUCAGACUUGGCUCUCCACCUUUAAAAGAACUUUUCCUCAUUCCAGCAAUAAGCAUUGUUUUAGACAAGUAAGUUGUGGUUUAAAGCACUAGUUCACAGUGUAACACUAAAGGUGUGGAACUUACAGCUCUUCACACUAGUCACACAGUGAACAGCCAGGUCUGCUUGUGUGGAGUUUGGUUUUGGUUUUAAAAGCAAAAUUUUGUUGAUUGGUUUCCUUGGCAGGGAAUGGGCAAUGGGGACUGAAUUUUGUGUAAUUCAUAGUUUGCAAAGGGCUUCAUUUAUGCCACAUCAGCUGUUUCAUUGGAAAGGAGAACCGCAUGCUGAGUAUCUGUACGUGUGGUUCUCUAGCCAGGUGGGAAUAUGCACAUAAAAAUUAAAUUGCGCAUUUCCUCAAGCUGGAUCAGCGUUCUUGUGUUCAGUAUUAUUAAAAGUAUGGGGUUUCAGUGUAUCUUAAAUGUGUUUUUGGAAAUAAAUGGAAUCAAAAAAUUAGCUAAAACCAAAAGUGCACAAUUAAUUAUGCUUCUCGGCUUUUUUUCAACUGCAGAUUACCACCAGGAAGAAGCAAAUACUUUUUUAAAAAAUCUCUAUUUUUUUUAUGCAGAUACAGCUUUAUUAAUAUAUUAAGACAAACUUACUUAAGGGCUUAAACCACAACUCAGCUGCAUUGUGCCAGCAACCACAAAGCAGAAAGCCCCAGACACAGACACACAGGUUCUGGAGGUAUAGAGCUCCACAAGCCAUAAAACUACUGUCACUGGCUGGUUGGAAGAGCUGCAACAGCUGCUAAUUUGAAACAGGCCACCUUGAGUCACAAGCUGUUGCAAUAGCUCCUCCUCCCCCAAUAAAAGCAGCUCUGCAGUCUUCAGAUCCUAAAGUAGGAAUGGGGAAUGUAUUGGACUGCAGCUCACAUCAUCCUUCACCACUGGCUAGGGCUGAUGGGAAUUGCAGUCCAACAUCAGGAAGACAAUACCUUCCCCACCCCAUCCUAAAGUAAGCCUAGUUUUUCUAGAGCUACAGGGGCCAUGUCAGGUGCAGUGUUGCACAGGUAGUGGAUUUCACCCUAAUAGCACUUUAGAUUGUAAAAUAAAUCAUGUAUUUAGUUUUUACACUUGUAUUGUAUUAUUUUUAUGUAUCUAGGAACUUUAAAUGUAUUUUCAUCUGAAGCACUUAUUUAAUUUUCUGUACAUUACUAUAUCAAGCAAGCAACUUUUAAAUACAUUUAAUAAUAUGCCUUUUUUAAACUUUACGCUUUCGAGCUUAUGUAAAAUCCAGUCAAGAUGAUUUCAUCUGGUGUAUCAGUGUUAAGUAAACAAUGGUGCAAUUCUAUGCAUGUUUGGACUGGAAAAAAGCUCUGCACCUCCCAGCAUUACCCAGCCAGCAAUGCUGGGAGAUGUAGGACUUUUUUUGGUCUGAAGAGGCAUAGGGUUUACAACCUAAGAUAGAAAUCUCAUACCUACUUAUCUGAGAGAAAAGACUAUUGAAAUCAACGGGACUUGCAUCUCACUAGACAUGCUUUGGAUUGCAGUGCACGGCUAUAAUCCUAAACACACCCAAUUGAAUAAACACAAUUCCUAGAAAACAGGCAUAAGCACAGCAGUCUUUUAGGACAUGAUUUAGUCUUACCACAGACAUGACUCCCAUAUGUGACAAAUUCUCAUAGACUUAAUAGAGCCCCGUUUGCCUUUUUCUCUACUGGAUGAGGCAAUGGCCUAUUAUGGGGUGGAGGCGGGACAACAUCAAGCCUUUUCAUGAACUCACUGCAAGUUACUGACAGUUUGAAACACCAGUAACUUACCUGCAGCAGAGGGAGGGUCAGUGGCUGAAACAGGGCUUUAGUGAAGCCAUGGGGGUAUUUCCAUGCACAAGCCUUGCAUCCAAGUUUAAUGAAACAUGGCAAUUGGAAUCUGUAUGUCUAUUAUAUUAGUGUUGUAGGGAAAAUAGGAAGAUAUUUUUUUUUAGCUGCUUCAUUUUGUAUGAUCUCAAAAUGCAAUAUUCUUUUAAAAAUAAUGCAACAAAGGGGUUAAGAAAAAACCUGAAGAUUAGAAUACCAGUUGCCACAUUUUUGACUAAAAGUGACCUUAUAUAUAGUGUAUAUAGAUGACGUUGCUCUGUGCCACAGAAUUAAAAAUAAAAUACUAUCAGCAUU